CGUAGACAAAAAGGAAAAAAAAGUCACACACGAAGACGAUCGCUCAAUUUGAGCUUCCCCGACCCCAUUUUGGUUGUCAGUCCAAUGUAAACAAACGGUAACCAGAAAUAAUUUUAAACUGCUCGGAAAAUCGGAAUUUCUCCCGCGGAAGUGGCUUUAGGUCCACUCUACUUGUCGGAAAACAGUACAUCCUAAUGGACCUCACAAUUUACAGUGAUGUACCAAAUGAAACGCCCGGGUCGUACUGUCGGUUUUGUUUUCGAGAAACGGAACUAGUUCCGAUUUUCCAUCCGGCAACACUAGAGCCGGUAAACCGGCAGCUUCUGGAGAUAAUCAGCGAAUGUACGGAUAUUGAACUCACGGCGGAAAAUGAUUUCCCUUCUUCAGCCUGUCAGAAUUGCCUACAAGUGUUACAGGAAUUCUACCACUUUCGGCGACGCACGAAAGAAUAUGACCGGAUUAUCCGGGAGAAAGCAUUACCGCGUAUGGAACCGGAAGUGUUGAUAGUCAAACAGGAACCGUUGGAAGAUGAUACAUUGGAAAGUGUUCGGAGACAAUUUCUUGCCGACCAGCAACUCCAACAACAACAACAACAGGAAGAGGAAGAUACCAUUCAAGAAGAACCGGAACCAGACGAAGCAGAUGAAGAAGAACAGGAAAUUGGUAGUAGCAGCAGCACAUUAACUGCAGAGGAAUCGCGUGAAGAGGAAUUCCAGCAUCCUAGCCUUAGUGCCAUUUUCAAAGUACGCACCACAUCCGGUUCAAGUGGCUCGAAGGCUACGUUGGGCAAUAGCUUGGAGGAUAAUCGAUGCAUGGUAUGCGGUGAAAAGUUUUCCUCUCGGGAAGCAUGGAUCAACCAUCUUCCGAUCCACGCAGUGGAGCGACCGUUCCAGUGUCAUAUCUGUCUGGCACAAUUUAAGACCAAGUACGUACAACAGAAUCACAUUAAAACAGUUCACCAAAACAUCCGCAGCUACCAGUGCAAAAUCUGUACCGAUCCGAUCCGGCAGUUCAAGAGCAAGCGCACUUUGGAGGACCACAUGCGCUAUCACACCGGCGAAAGGCCCUUUAUGUGCACAUUGUGUAAUGUGAGUUUCUCGUCGGGCAGCGUUCAUCGGAACCACAUGUACCGAGUGCACCGGGAGAUGCGCAAGAAGGACCGAAAGUGCAGUUACUGCGGGAAAGAGUUCGACCGAAUACUGGACCUGAAAAGGCACCAGACGAGCUACUGCGAGAAGAUCGUCGGCCGGGCGAUGGCAGAAAGGCUCUAGAUUGGGCCGCAAUUGGUUGAUGCUACCGCACACAUAUACACUUCAAUAACAAGGAAUAGUGCUCGCGACAGACGACACAAAAAUACAACACACACACAUAAACAUUAAAUUACUAUAAUAUAUAGUACAUAGAUUUAUAUAUCGUAGAGCUAACCCCACGUGAAUAGAGCUGAUUAUAAUUUUACUGGAAUAAAGCAUUACAUUAGCGCGUA